UAUAUGGGAAAAUUUCAAGAAUAGUACAUGAAGUAUCGGCCAUUCUAACCUUUCGUGAAUCAACUUUCGAAACUAUCAAAACGGUACAUCAAGUUUAAAUUUCUACCCAAUUUAGGUACAUGCCGUUACGGGUUCCGUUAUGAUGCAUGCCAUUGUCAAAUAAUUGAAGGGUAAAAUAGUAUUUUUAAAGUUUCCUUUCUCUCUCUCUCUCUCACCCUCUCAGACACUCUCUGACUCUAGCUCCUCUCUCUCUCUCUCUGUCUCCUCUUUAUCUAAAGACUCAGAUGCUCAGUCUCUCACUCUCUCCUAGUCUCCUCGACGGUCGACGACACCAGUACGGCGGGCCAGCAGCACCUCCUAGUCUCCUCGAAUCCGGAUCCGAUCCGACCCUGUCCUCGAAUCUACGGCACCACCAUGACGGACGGCGAUGGAACGAAGCCCGCAAUUUUUGAUCUUCAACUGGUUCCUGGGAAAAUUCCGGCGCCAUUUUGAUAAGCAUGUGCGUCGGCUGUCGCUGAGUUCGUGGUUUCCGGCCUACGGCGACUUCAUCGACGACGACAAGGGGCUAACAUAUGAGGGGCUGUUGCGGAUGUAUGACGACGGAGGCGGCGACGUAGUUCUAAUGGUCGUCGGAGGAGACCUGGAUGGCCAGUCCGAUGGUCUCGAUUGGGGUUGGGUUUGGGGGAAGGUUAGAGAGUUGGAUGAGGGAGGAUUGACACGUGUCGAGGAAGUGGGUGGCUUUGCAGGUGAGUUGGAUAUGAGAAACGGCGGCGGUGGUAGAAUGAUGGUAGUGGCGGGCGGCGGAGGAGAGGGAGAGGAAGAGAGUAAGGGUGAGGAGGGAGAGGAAGACGAGGGAGGCCAUGAAGAUGAAGAGGAAUUUGGAGGGUUUGGAUAGGGAGGAACAUGGUUUGGAGAGUGAGGUGAAGCUGGGUUUUAUGGGUUUUCGGUGAUGGGUGGUCAUCGAAGGGAAUGGGAAUUCAGCUACGGUGGUCGGCUGCAGUCAGUACGAGGGAGAGGGAGAG